AUGGAGAAGACAACUACUAAGGCAUCGUUCUUUCUCGUUUUGAUCUUUCUUAUAGCAUUUCUCAGUACUAUAGGUAGUACUGAAGGAUCAAGGAAUGUGCCAAAGAAAGAUCAUGAUGAUGAAGUCUACAACCCUCAGAAUUUCUUUGGAUUUCCUGGAGGCUUCGGUCCUUUCAAAGGCGGUCCUGGUUUCGGUGGCUUUCCUGGGAUGGGAUUCCAUGGCGGCUUCGGUCCUGGUUUCGGCCCUUUCAAAGGAGGUCCUGGCUUCGGCCCUUUUGGAGGGAUUCCUGGUUUCGGAGGCCCUGGUAAAGGUGGUGAUGGACCCUUUCCUAAAGCUGCUAUUAAUGGAGUUGGAGGCAAAUCUCCAUGA